GCUUUACUGCUGACGGAGCUCGAGUGGCCAAAAAAAGCAGCCUGGAGGGUCUGAGGAGCGCCGGGAGGAGUGAAGGUUUGGUGUGGAAACUGCAGAAAUGGCCAGUAAAGUCCUGGACCUGUUGUACUGGAAGGAUGUGGGGAAAACCGGACUGGUGUUCACUGGAAUGGUAGUAGGACUAGCCUGUCUGUUCCAGUACAGUGCUAUCACCCUGCUGUCUAACCUGGGCCUGUGCAUCAUGGCCUUCACCCUCCCUGUACGUGUCCUGUUCAGAACCAUGGACCUGGUCCGGCUUAACGAUGGCACUCACCCCUUUCAGUCGUGUCUGGAAGAGGACAGCACGCUGACAGACGAGACCACGAUUCGGAUCGUGGAGAGGAUCGUGCUCCUCAUCGCGUUUUUAAUAACAGAGCUGAAGAGACUUUUCUUCAUCUACAGCGUCUGGGACUCUGUGAAGUUCACCAUCCUGCUGUACCUGUUAACGAAUGUGGGGAUUAAAGCCAACGGUCUCACUCUUGUGAUCGCCGGUGUGAUUUGUGCCUUUUCUCUGCCUCUGGCUUACAAACUUCAGCAGAAACGGAUUGACAGGGUUAUCAGUGCAGUCCAGUCACUGCUGACCAAAACUAAAGAAAUAAUUGAUCUUGUGGUCUCACUGGUAAAGUCUCAACCUCCACCGCCACCUCCAGUUCCAGCUCCCGCUCCCGCCCCUGCACCCAAACUCAAACUCAAGACCAAAUGAGAAGGACGAGACGGACAAGACGAGGGAAGAGAGCGAAGAUGACAGUCUGAUUCUGGUUAUGAUCUUACUUUGCCUGGAAGCGAGUGAUGAUGGAUGGAGGAUGCUGUACGACGAUGGUUGCUCGGAGGACUGGGUGUUUUUAUUAAAUCUCUUCAUGGUGCUAAGAAUUUGUUGCAUUUCAUCACUGGAUUUAAGCAGCUGGUCUCCUGAAGCGUAUCAGCAAGAUAUACAAAUAAUAAAGUGUGUGGGUGGACCAGCCGUGUCACCCGGGUGUGAUGGAACUGGAACUGUUUGGUUAAAUACAUUAUUUUCAGUGAUUCUGUUUCUGUGUAGUCCUGCAGGGUUAAAUUUUGGGGAAACUUGGGGUUAAAGGUACAAGAACUUGA